AUGGCUCUGACUAUUGGCAACCCUUCUGAAGUUACUGAAGACUUCCAACUCGACCUUGAUUACUCAGAGUAUGACUUUUGGACCACCGUCGAUCUUAGUUCUCCCACCCUAUUUGACGACAGCCCUAAUUCUGACGAGAAUAAAUACACUGACACGGAAUUUUGGCUUCCCUGUUGCAGCUCUGAACAAGAAUUGAAGGCUGACUUCAAAGAUUUGUUGGACCUUGACUUCGAACUACAAGAAACUCAUUUUGGCAACACGGAGGAAUAUCUGGCACUCCAGUAUGCUACGGACUCUCAGGAUUAUUGGGGCAACAUUCAAGCUAUUGAUGUCGAUUCUCAGUGUAUUAGCGUAUGUCAGUUCGAUAAUUAUGGAAGUACGUGCCGCGAAGUGAGUGGUUCUGACGCAUCUGGUCUCGCUCGUGAUCUCGAUACCCAUCUCAUCAAAGAGGAAUUGGUUAACGAACUUAGCAGCGAUGAUUCGGUGGAAACGACUUUCGGGGGUGAGUCGCGCUAUCUGACGUCUCCUUCUACAGUGUCAAGUGAUAGAAGUUAUGAUCCUGUAGUAGACACUGAGGACACUCUACCUACAAAAGAUCAGAAACGAAAUUUUUUCCGUGAUACCAAGACUAAUGCUCCUACUUGGGAAAAGUCUAAGGUUCAUUUCGAGACAAAAGAAUUCGAAUCGUGUGGUAUUCUGCCAAAGCGGCUCCCUCGUGUUGUCUGCCGCAACAUCCAAGAAAGAGAAAGCGCUACUGAUGUCGACGAUGACCUUGCUUCUGAAUCAAAAUCAAAGGGAGUCUGGAAAUCCAAAGGAAUUGAUCUGAGAUUCAUCAGCAAAAGCUUCAUCACCUUGUCACCGAGCACAACCCAGUGCUUGGACGUCGAUCUCAAUUACCAUGGAUAUACGGGAAAAGUACGCAAAGUGAUUAUCUACAAUGAUAUCACCAAUUUUGCCGUUACUAAACAUGAUAUUGCAGGAAGACGUGCUGUUAUGUUAAACGACCUUUGUGAGUACUACGAGAAGCACGAGGAAGAGGAGAUUUGGGGAAGUCGAAACGAUAAAAUCGGCCUAGAAUCCGGUGUUUUGCAACGAAAAAUUCACAUCAGAGACAUUUCUGAUAUUGCCGAUUCUGUGACUUGUAUUCGCUACGAGGCAUCGACCAAUUUCCAUGAAACAAGACCAUAUGAGCCACAGUACUUUCGUUUCGAAUGCGAUGAUCAGGACAAUAUUGUUGGUGAAAGCAAGUGUGGUAUGUGUGCAUUCUGUCCCGAGGUCAAGUUCUAUCCGUACAAAAACUCCAGCUACCUAAGCCAUUUGACCCUCAUGCAUGGUGUGUUUGCAAACAACUACAUUAUUCCCGAAGGGCUCUAUGUCGGCAAGUACAAGUUGAGUCGCACAAGCUAUUCCAGAAAGAAGAACUUGAUUGAUGGUCUUCAGUGUCCGGUGUGUUUCGAGAUCAUUACUAUCAAAUGUUGGAGGACAAAAUCCAAUCCAUUACUUAGCUACUUUCGCCACUUUAAGAAGCAGCACCAAAAAGUUUGCCGUUCAUUCAUCGACAGUCGUGUUGACCCUGUCAAUUGCAAAGAAUUGUGUUAA